UCCAAUACCCCACAAACAUUGCUUCUAAUCAGAAAACAGAGAAAUCAUUGACAGAGAGAGAGAGAGAGAGAGAGAGAGAACCCCAUUAGUCAAUGGGCUGCGUUUCAUCGAAACUGUUCAAGAAAGAAGAUAACAAUGGCGGCGGGGAAUACGUCAUCAACCACGUCGUCUCUCUCACUUCCAGCACCUACGGCGUCCUGAACCUUGAAAAUGACCGACAACCCACCAAAGACAGCGCUGAGGAGAGUAAGAGGGUGGCGAAAUCUUCGCCUCCCCGCGAAGAUCCGGAGGUUAUCAACGCUUGGGAACUCAUGGAAGGACUCGAAGAAGGAGUGCCCAUCGCGAAUCCAGCGAAGAAGAGCCCGAAAUCGCGUGCUCUGCUUCGCGGGUUUGUGGAUUUCGAUUCGAGGAGUCCGUUCAAGUUGUUGAAUCAGAUCGGGUCGCCGUUGAAAUUGAAGCGAUAUGGAGGGAAGGAGAAUAGUAAAGGGAGAGUGGUGAAUGUUAAUGUGUUGGGUUAUAGCCCGAAACAGGUUCUGAAGCCGAAAAAUGGUGGUGAGAAUUCGUGCAAGAAGAUGUUGAAUUGGAGCCCCGGCGUAAAAGGGUCGCCAGUUGCGGCGAAAAGGCAGAGCUUUGGCAGCGAUUCGUCGCAGAGGAGUUUUAGUCUCCUGUUUGAUCCGGAACUUGUUGCUUCUUACGAAAAGGAAAUGUCUGAGGAAAAAGAGCAGAUCAAGAGGAUGGUUCCGCCAUCACCAAAGCCCCGAAAAUUGAGGAAUUCGUCCAAGGAUUCAGAGUCUAUGCUGCAAUUAUUCAAGAAAAAAUGCCCACCGGGGGGAGAAAAUGCUGUGGUUGUGUACACAACUACACUCAGAGGAAUUCGGAAGACUUUUGAGGAUUGCAACAACGUCAGAUCCAUCGUGGAAUCACACCUCAUUCAUGUUCUCGAGCGCGAUAUAUCUAUGGAUUCGGGUUUUAAGGAGGAGAUAAGGGGACUAAUGGGUACCAAGGAGGUUAAGGUUCCACUUGUGUUUGUGAAGGGGAGGUUGAUUGGUGGCGCCGAUGAGGUGGUGAAGUUGGAGGAGGAAGGGAAGCUUGGGAUUCUGUUUAAUGGGAUUCCAAGGGCGGUCAUGGGAUGCAAAGGCUGUGCCGGAAUGAGAUUCGUGAUGUGCAUGGUAUGCAAUGGAAGCUGCAAGGUUUUGGAUGAGUUGCAAAAGAAGAUGGUAAAAUGUGGUGAAUGUAAUGAGAAUGGUUUGAUCCACUGCCCAAUUUGUUGCUGCUAAUUGUAAUUCCAUUGACAGAUUUUCAGGUUUUCGUGUUUACGAAAUCUUUGGUUUUCUGAAGGCAGAACAAGGAUUUUUUUA